AUGGCGGAAGCAUCGCGAGACCUUGCCCAGGGCACCAUCGAGGUGAUGGUGUCCGAGAGCGUUUGUGCCAAAGAACGGAUGGAAGCAAGAGAGGUCGAAGAAGCUUACCAGAAAUUUGAAGAGAGCGAAGAACACAUCAAGGAACUGCUUGAUAGAGGCACCAUUUCUAUGGAUGAAGCCCGGCGGUUGCGAACGAGAGCCAAAAUGCAUCAGCAAGAGGACCAAGACGAGAAACCCAAAAUUUCUAGUGCGGUUCUAGCUGGUGCUGAUCACAAGACCAAUGAACAAAUCAUCGAAGAAGCCUUGAAGCCGAAGAAGGGAUGGUGGUUAUUUGAGUCGAUCCGAAAAGCAUUGAGGUUUGACAAGCUGCAGAACAAGAUCCAAAUUGAGAAACAUCGACGAAGCCUGCCAGAAUUCGAGCACAGGUUUCCUUUUAUCCAGAAUAUGGUGAAGACUGGCAUGAGCUUUGAGUUAUUCACCUUCUUCCUGGUCGCAUGCAAUGGCCUUCUCACUGGUAUCCAAAUCUCUGUGCCUUGGUUGCAUGCCGGGCAGCCGGGCAGCCUCGCCGUGGAAUAUGGAAUCCCAGUGACCUGUCCUCUGAAGGUCAAAGGCAUUAGCUUGAGAAAUGUGACGUACCGGCGCCCGGAAGAAGCACUAUUAUUUGCAUCAGAUGCAGUGUGCAUGGAUUCUCCCGAAGUGUUGCAACCUUUCUUCCUGUGCGAGCCACCGGAGCAGGUUCGAUUAUUCAUCACGCUCUUCUGCGUCUCAGUAGCUUUUAGCUUGAUUAUCAAUCACCCAUCUGCUAUACGAUAUUACCGCUUCAUUACAAGCACUAAUUUGCCCCUGAGUGGCCGGCGAGGACUCGGCUACAAUGCAUGCAAAGCAUAUGGAAUUUUUCCAAUUGGCAAUCUUCCGGAGAGCCACUUCCAGAUGGUGGGAUGGUUGCUGGUGGUCUCGCUACUGCUGGCGUGCCAUUCUCACCUGGCACCACGAUUUUUCCUCUUCGCCAGCUUCGGCCUGUACUUUCUGUACUUCGGCCAACUCUUUUGUGAGUCAAAACACGGUGGUCAUGGCGCGCUGCUGCUGCCCUCAGUGUUGCUGCUCCUGGCGCUCAGCGGAGGGCCUCAGGGAUCGCCCUGGAGCCUAGUAUUCAUCAAACUCUUCUUGGGAGUGAUCUACUUUGCUGGAGCAGUCUCCAAAGUUGUGGUGGCAGGAGUUUUUGGACGGCCCUGGCUUGGCAGUACAAUGCAAGCGUACAUCGUGGAUGCAAUGUGGAGUCGGCCACACUGGUCCUUCCUAGUGCGAGCUUUGCAGCGCUUUUUGCUUCAGCGCUGGUAUCUCUGCACGAUUCUUGCAGUGUCUGGGCUGGCUUUCGAAUUUGCUUGGCUGCCAAUGGUAAUGUUUGGCGGAAGACUGGGCUCAGUGCUCGCUGGUGCAAUUGCCUUUUCUUUUCAUCUUGGAGUCGAUUUGCUGCAGGGCCUCGACUUCAAGCCGUUCUGGUGCCCUGUGUUCUGGGUCUUCCUGCCCGAUGUGCAGGCACUGUGGCAUGGACAGGACGUCCUCCCAGAUCAGAUUUGGCCAAUCUUGGCUCAGGGAUUCGCCGAGGAACCUUGCCGUUGGCUGAUGAGUGCAACCUACUUGCUCCUCCAAGUGGUGGUGGCAAUCCGCUUUAUGGAUUGUUGGGAGGGGAUGGAAUGCUUGCCACUCACAUGUUGCCCCAUGUUUGCGGUUCCGCGCAAUCUCUUUGAUGAUGAGCUGCGGGCAGGGGUCAUCACAGACCUCGACCUCAGGGGAGGUGGCUAUGUCGACUUCGCUUACAAUUUCUUUCCAUGGAGCACUGAGCUCCCCCUGAGUGCCAGCGACCUCCAGCACAUGCCUGGCCGGGUCCUGUUUUGGAUGUCCUCCCUUCACUGUGACGAGAACAUGAAGAGGUUCUUGAAGCCCGAGUAUUUGAACAAGGAGCUACUUAUUUGCGCUAAUUUCGAUGUCUCACCUGCCCUGCAUGACAAGCUGCUGCAGCUGGUCCGUUUCUUGGAGCAGGCUCACCCUAAUGAUUGGACUGAUGGAGCGAAGAUUGGAGAGGUGGCCAAUCUUCAAGUUGAGUGCCGUAGCCUCUUCAAGGAGCACGCUUUCACUACGGAAGGUUCCCAGGAUGCCUUCGAGGGGCUUCAGGCGACCAAGAAAGUACCAGACUUGCUUAACUGGAUGACCUUUUUCACUCCCACGGUUGUCUUCAUUCUGGAGAUCAUUCUGCGAGUCAUGGCAGAUGGAUGGAUUUGGUUCUUUGCCACUGGCAACACGAUUGAUUGUAUACUCAUCCUCGUCACAGGCAUAGUACCAAGCUACAUCUUGAAACCGUUUUUCGGCAUCGACAGUGGAGAGCUCCGAAUUGGUCAGGCGCUGCGGUGUGUCCGUUUGAUCCGAAUCCUGAAAUCGGUUAGAACAAUCAGUGCAUUCCGAAUCUUGUGGUCGCUGGUCAGUGGCAUUGUGGAUAGUGGUCGAAUUCUGCUUUGGACGCUGACCAUCAUCACGGUCGUCUUAUACAUGUUUUCCAUCUUUUUCGUCCAGCUGUUGGUCCACGGUGGCCUGGAUUUGGAUGAUGACCAAAAAGAGCAAGUGGAGUUGUACAUGAAGACGGUCCCUGAUACAAUGUUCACUCUCUUCCAGUGCUUUACGUUGGAUAGCUGGACUGGCUUCAGCCGAAUUCUGCAAGUGAAUCAGCCGAUGGUCGGAGUGCUGUGGCUGCUGUUCGUCGCAGUGGGCUCGCUGGUCUUGAACAACCUGGUGAUUGCCGUCAUUGUCAACAACGCCUUCGCCCGGGCAGAGCAGGACGAAGAGCUGCAAGCGUCCAUCGCCAGAGAAACCACGGAGUCGGAGUUGAACGACCUCAGGCAACUUUUUGACGCACUGCUUCCAAGUGAAGACAGCGUGUACCUCACUAGAGAGGACUAUGAUGAUGCCGUCGAGAAGCAGAAUGAGAUCCUGUGGACAAAGCUGAAACUCGUCAACCUGGAGGAAGAUGAAAUUCGAGAUCUUUGGACGUACAUCGAUUUCCCAGAUCAAGUUGACAGAGAGGAGUUUGCUUCGCAGAUCCGAAAUCUCAAAGGCGAAUGCAAGGCAAAGCACAGCUACACAGUGGCCAUGAACCUGAAAAAGCUCGAUGCACGACUGCAUCAGGCAAGAACCUACCUGGAUACGCACAAGAGCAUUUGUGAGGCUCUGAAGAAAGAGACAACUCAGGCGCAGCUGGAGCUCUCGCGUGCGCUCUUUGAGUUGCGGCAAUUUGUCAUCCUCACCGCCCGAUGCGUACCUGGCAGUGGAAUUCCUGCCACCAGCAGCACCGAGAGGAAAUUGGAUAGCUUCCAAGCCCAGGUGGCCAAGACGGUUCAACCACUGUUGACGCCCAUCAUGGAUCUGCCAGAGGAGAACUUCCGCGAACAGUGGAGGAUGGCUCAGCUCGACAAGGACCGCCGCGCCAGCCGAGCCUGGCGCCUGUCCCCGGCCGCCAGCGGCGCCUGUCCGGCGGACGCAGAUCAGCACCGGGAGCACCGCGCCUGGCGCGCGCGGAACUGGGUGCCGACACCGGAGACGGAGAACGUGGGUGAGCCUGAAGCCUUCUUCAACCUGUUCUGCAGUACUUGCCACUACUUUCUGAGCGAAAAGGGGGUGAUGAUGCAAAUGUUGGCCAAACCAUCCAGCAUCUGUUUUUCAACGGAUGAGCGGCCUCAGAACAUUUCACUGCAAGAUGAGGUACCGAAAAUGCCAGGCAUGUGCGACUGCAAAGUCCAUGAUUUCGCUUGUGGCUGUGGGGCCCGGCUGGGGUAUCAUCUGCUCUCACCCUGUGAUUAUUGUGAAAAGGAAGGCACCAAACAGCGCUGGUUCCUGUGCACUAGCUGCGUUGAAGCAGAACCUCGUGACGCACCUCACACACCACACACGCCUCGCACGCCACGUUGGGCUGAUGUGAAAGAGACAACUCAAAAGCGCGACUCCCCACAGUUUGGACAAGCUCGUGAUGAGGGCAGCACGAAGCCAACUGUUUUGGGUGAUUUGAAUGGAAGGGAGAAGUCUGGAAGAAAGGAUGACCCAAGAGAUCCAGAGAAAAGCAAAGAUGCUGGAAACCUGUGGGACCUUUUCGGCACUGAAGCUGGCCGCUCCUGGGACAGCAGUGAGUUGGCACAACGGCUGGCAGAGGUUGAGCGGCGGGAACGUGCUGUGUUGGCUAGGGAGGAGGAGUUGAAGCAACGCGAACGGCAGCUGUGGAUGGAGAGCGCCAAGCCAGUGGAAAGUGGAAUGGGAGCCCCCACAGCCCCAGCAUCUGGCACCAUUGGCGCCGUUGGAAGUGUUGGGCGUGACAAGGAUGGUCCCAGUUCUGCACCUAGCUACCCCAGUCAGGAAAGUCUUCCCAUCCAGGGCAUCCAGGGCAUCCCAACUCCAUCAAAGCCAGACUUGUCAGACCCACAGGGCAGGUUGGAAUAUUCCCAGCGGCUCAUUGAAAAGAGAAAGGACCUUGAGCGUUGGCAGCAGACUUUGGAAGAAAAGAGCAAAGCCCUUCUUGAGCGUGAGAAGAGCCUCGGAAAUGGCAUAUCCUCCAAGUUCUCAGGCCCUUUCCUUUCAUACAAUGUUGAUGACGUGGUGAAUGUGGCCUCUGUUGCAGGCAAGGCCAUGGUUGGAGCAGGCUUCGCAGCCUCCAAGGUUCUGGUGGCAAUUGCCCGCCCCAUUUUUGGAGGGAUCAAGAUCGCAGGCUCCGCUGCCAUCCAGUUUGGAGUGAGUAGCUACACUGCUGCUGUCGCAUAUGCCAACGAGGAGGCUCAGGCACGUGCGAUGGCACAGGCCACAGCCCUGAGACGUUCCAAGUACUAUGCCACCGCUUCCAGUCCCAUGCAAUCCAUGGGAUCCAUGGGAUCCGUGGGGAUGGCGCCUCCUGAUUUCUGCGAUGGCAGUGGUGUACCCCCGCGACCUGCAGGUCGGCCCUACCAAAGCCCGCAAGUCUGGAGCCGCGGCUCCAUGUGGUCCCCGGGAUGGCAGGUCUCGCCCAUCUACCCGGCCUCCCCUGCCCCGCACCUGGCUCCGGUUAUGGAACGUGAGGGCUUGGUGGCUUGGAUGCGAAGAAACAGCGGCUGUGGCACCAGGAAUCAUGCGCCCAACUACCCGGAGCCAUCAAAGGAAGCCCAAGGAAGUUCAACUUCAAACGAAGCAAAUGAAGCAAGAGCGGUAUCCCUGGUAUCCCUGGAGAAAGGUGUCAGAGAUAAUCUGAUGCGGCUCUUCUUGGAAUUGGACCAUGAUGGGGAUGGCAGUCUCAACCAGAAAGAGUUUGCUGCUGCCAAGCAGUUGUUGUCAGGUGUUUGUGGUGAGCUACCAGGUUCUGUUAAACAGCCUGGAGUUCCAGUUCGCUCAGAGGACUUCAUGUCGUACGUCGCCUCUUGGGCGGCAGCUGCCAGAGUGACUUUGACCCAGAUUCUGCGAGAGGAUCUCUGGACUUGCAAAGCGUGGUGGUGGGCGUCCUCAUUGGAUUGCUACUUGGCCCAGCGCUUGAUCUUUUGGUUCUCCUCCGAGCUGCUUGGCGGUGGUGGGUACGUUCUCGCCUUCGCGAGUUGGCUGCUAGGUUCUGAGGUGGAGACUGCAGCGACCCAGUCUGGUUCAACUGCGGCUGGAUAUCAGGUGGGAUCAGAGCGAGAGGCUGUCGCUCGGGGCAUUGGCAAGUGGAUUCGCCGUUGUUUGAGGGGCGAACUACGAGGACUGUCAGGCCGUGAGCGAAUCAAUUUGCAGUCUCGCAUCUACCUGGUUGUUAGGGAUAUUCAAGGACAAGUUCACGAUCCUCCUCUGGUUUUUGACAGCUGGAGGCGGUGUGCCGAAGUUGUCAUCAUUGGCAAAGAUUCAGGGGACUCCAUCUACAUUGGGCUGCCCACCAAGACCGAGCUCAGUGACGUGCCUGAGGAGCCAGUGCCUGAAGCCACUGGGCUCUUCGACAAUUUUGUUACGGCAGAUUUUGACGUCAUCAAUUUUGAUUAUAGUGUGGGUACCCUUUUGUCCUCUUCCCUUAGCUCUAGAGUCCAAGUUAUUGGGGUUUGUGAAAUUGACCGACAAGCUCUGAUUGCUGUGCCAGACUUAGCUUGGCAUCGCUUGAAGACGAAGAGAGAGCUGCCUGAAGACGCUUUGUUGAGGGCUACUCGUGUUGAGGUGGUUUCCGCUUCAGACUUGGACAGAGCCACUCCUACUUCGACUGCUCAGAAGAUAUGGCUGGGCUUUCUCAAACCAGAGUUGGUGGAUGCUGUCGUGUUUGGAGGGCCCGAACUGGAAGCUGGCGAAAUUGGUUUCCCGGUCGAUGCACUGGGGAUGCCAGCUUUUCCAUUUGCCAAAGCCCUUUGCGCAGUAGCUCAAGAUCAUUUUGCUUUUGUUUCCGCCGAGAGUGCGGUCCCUCAGCCCGAACUCAAUGUGGAGAACCGCUUGGGUCGCUUGGAGAGCAGCAUGGCAGAGAUUCUGUCUUCUCUGAAAGACAUGCGAGCGCCGAUGGCGUCUGCUUCAGAAGCUGCUCCUUUGCCGAUCAGGCAGCCAGCCUUGAGCGUGAUGCAAGCUCAGGCUGCGAAGGCUGCUGGAGUGAAACCUCAAGAUGUGGCUCCUGCUGGGAUGUCCAGCGACGAGGACGAGAAAGACGAGCACUUGGGCGUCGCUUCUGGUGUUCAAGAUCCUCUAGGGCAAGCCAUUGUACAUUUGAGCAGCAUUGUGCAGGAAAUGAGAGCCGAGAAGAAGCAGAAAAAGGACAAAGGCCUCGAGGCGAUUCUCGAUCGGGCCGAAUCUGGAUCAGCCCGCGACACUACCGGGUCUUCUCGGUCAAAAGCUUCGGCAUUGCGGUCUCUCCAAAAGCUUCUGGUGACAGACCCAAAGCUCAUUUACCAGGCCCUGGAAAAGAACCUUCAGGGGGAUUGGGAGACAGGAGGAUCCAACCUGCCGGGUGCUCAAAUUACGAGGAUCUCGGCCAGAGGAUGGUUAGAGCACCGUUCUCGCAUAUCCUCCUAUCCCGGGACGAUACGUCCUGCUUGGCUUUGCGCUGGGAUUUGGGAUGCGCUGAUGCAAGGGCGCCACGAAGAGGCUCGGGCAAGAGCGGCCAUAGCCACUGCCUGCUUCGAUCAACAGAGCUGCGAUCGAGGUGCAUGGCUUCUAGCCAACGAGCUGACCUUGGAACCACCUCCUCCGUAUGCCAGCUUCAACAGCCACACUGCACCGGAGCAAUGGGAAGUGCAGCACACUCGUCUCAUCGACGACAGGUGGUGCGAGCUGUUCAUGGCAAAACUCAAGGAGCUUGCGGAGUACCAGGAAAAGAAAGGAAAACUCACAGCAGCGGGGAAGACAAAGAAAGAGGACCCACCUCCAAAAGCCGGCGACAAGCCGAAAGGGAAAGGGAAAAGUGGAAAGAAGGCGAAGGACUCGGAGGAUGCGGGUCCGGCAGAUGCAGAGGCAGCUCUAUAUGUUCCGGGGUCGCAGGCUCCGACGUCAAAUAUGCUCAAGAUUUGGAAUUCACUGGCACGUUUGAUUUUUUCUGGACAAGCUGGUUUUGCACAGUUUUUGAAGACUCUAAGAAGCAGACCUUCGGCAGACGAAGGUACAGCUCUUCCUUUGUGGCCUAUUCCUGCUCCCUACCCUAGGUGGCUGCGGAAAAAUGCAGAGGAGCGGGUGAACUAUAAGAGGAUGUGCAUUGAGAAGGCCAUCAACAUGAUAGUCCUCAGCCUAUCUUGGAUGCACCUGGGCCGACCGGCUGUGGCUCCCUCCUGCAUGAUGCUGGGGAACAAGCUUUCUGCAAAGCAGUGGGGCGUGACCAAGAGAUUCGAGCGUUUGAUCACAGAUCUGGCGCAAGCUGGGGACUUUGGGCCUACGAACAUUGGCCGAUCGGCUGCAAAGGUUGAGAGCUUGGCUUUUUUGUUAGAGCGGCUUCAGAAAGCUACUCAAGAUGUUGUGGGCAGCUAUGAACACCAACGCACAGCACAAGGUGUUCCCCCUCGGAGGUCCAAUGCGGGCCAUCAAUGUGGCGAUCCCGGCGAGGUGGUAGGAUCCUUGCCUCAAGGUGUACCUCAAUUGGCGAAGUGUGUGGAGCCUUCGCGAUUGUCUUUUCCAAAAGAUGCUCCAGGUUUUGACCCCACUGAACUUUUUGAAGAGCCCCACAAAUCUGUUUACAAAGAUCCUGUUGCUCAUGCUGCUUCACCUGAUUUGUCAAAAUGGGAGCCUCCUAGAGUUCGCAUCCAUGCUUCAAGAGAUCAGGCAUUGGAGCUGUUGCAAUUCUUGGAUCGCCAUCACCGUUUGCGCCUUGUCCCCGAGGAAAAAGUCCGCAAGAACUUCUUGUGUGGAGCGUUCUGCUUGGUGAAAGAUGAAGCAAAAGACCGUUUGAUCCUUGAUGCUAGACCUCCAAAUCUGUUGGAAGAGACCUUGCGAGAUUGGUCGAAGACCUUGGGUGCGAUCAGUGCGGUGUUGCAGAUUGAACUUUUACCGCACCACAACCUGAUUAUGAGCGGAACAGACCUCAAGGAUUACUACUACUGUUUCAAAGUCACACGAGCUAGAGCAGAACGCAACACUCUCAACUUUCCACUCAAGCCGGGGGAAGCGCAACAGUUUCAGUGUUAUUCAGAACAACUUCAUGGACACAAAACUCUUUAUCCUUGUCUUUCGACUAUGGCUAUGGGGGAUUGUCAAGCUGUUGAAAUGGGACAGAAAUGUCAUGUGAAGAUAGGACUGAAUGCUGGCAUUUUUUCACCACAAGAAUUGCUUUGCAUACAUGGCCGGGCGCCUCGCUCCAUGAUUUCUGCGGGAAUCAUCAUAGAUGAUGCUCUCUUCUUGGAGCAGGUUCCUAUCUCAGUUCAUGGGGACGGUUUGAAAGAAACUGAUGGAGCAAGACGGCUUCGAGCAAUGAAAGAAGAGUAUUUGCAACGAGAUCUAGUUCCUCACCCUAGUAAGACUUUUGAAGCUGAAUCUCAGGCCGAAUUCUGGGGCGCUUCAGUUUGCGGAACAUCUGGCUUGGUUCGUGCGGCUCCGAGAAGAUUGGUGCCCCUGAUUGAUAUCACGAUCAGCACUUUGACUUUAGGUUUUGCUACGGUAGCCCUUUUGCAAACUUUGGCUGGUGCUUGGGUCAGUGUCUUACAAUUCAGGAGACGUAUGUUGUGUUUGCUUGAUGAAAUCUAUGUAGCUCAGCACGGACGUUUGCAGACAGAUGUAGUCCGCCUUUCACGAAGCUUGCAAGAUGAGCUCUGGCUUCUGGUAUGUUUGGGCCCCCUGGCUGUCACUGACCUUCGUGCUCAAACUGAGGACACCUUCUUUUUGACAGAUGCCUCGGAGGAGGUCAAAGCGUCUGUCAGCAGUAAGGUGCCCCUGGCAUUUGCGAGGGAAUUGCAUAGGCACUCACUGGUUCGAGGGACUUGGACUCGCCUAUUGUCGCCUUGGAAGGUGUGGCUCCAGCAGCACUUCCAAUUGGAAGAAGAAGAUGCUCUUCCUGACGGGGUGCCUUUGGUCAGUCACCCGCUUUGGGUGAUUCUUGCGAAAGUUUUGCAAUUUCAGGUUUUUCAGCGGAAGAUGGUUCGAGGACGAAAGCACAUCAAUUUGCUGGAGUUAGAAAGCAUCUUAGAGUUGGAGGCAAAACUAUCACACCAGCAUCAGGAUGUUCGAUACAUUUUAGGAUCAGACAGCCAGAUAGCUCUUGCUGCGAUCUUGAAAGGACGAUCGAGCUCUCCGCGCUUGAACUCCUUGCUGCAGCAUAGCUUGGCGACAACGCUGGGGGCCGGAAUCUACGGGAGCUAUGGAUAUGUUCCGUCCUUGGCAAACGUAGGAGAUGAUCCAACUCGAUGGACGGAUGUCCGUGCUCCUUCUUGUGCGGUUCCAGCGUGGUUAGAUAAGGCCUUCAAUGGUGACUUCAGUGAGUUAGACAGAUGGUUGGGGGAAAGAGGAUAUGACCCUAUUAGUGUAGCUCAGCUUCCUUUUCAGUGCCAGCAUCCCGAAUCAAAGGACGUUUUGCAGCACUCUCUUUUGCGAGAACUUCGGGAAGUACAGAAGCCAUCUAGGCUGGCAGUUUUUGAUGAAAAGGUGUACAGUCGGUCUGCGCGCGAAGCGCGGGGUGUUUCACUGGAGCAUGAACAACAACAAGAAGAAGAAGAGAAGAGGCCACAAGAAAUUUUUAACGAGGGGCCCUGUAAAACUGUUGCUGCCACAAUCACAGUAGCUGAUGAAGUCUCUCCCUCCCCACAAGUGGGAGCUGAUAGUGAUUCGGUUUGUUUAGGAGCGGAAGACGAGAAGGGACAACAAGAGCCUGAGAGCCUAACCAAGAGAGAUGGCACAAGACUCCCAGGGAAAACGAACCGGGGGCACAAUCAUUCUGUUGCUUCAAAGGGCAGGUCCCAGCCCAGAAAAGGUAAAACUAGCACCGGCUCGCCUUUUGAGCCCCCCGUAGGAACUUCUCAGAGGAAGUCUCCGUGCUGCAUAGCCAUGGACAACCCUCGCUGUCCCCUUUUGAGCGACAGCUGCAAAAAGCUGUUAGGAGAGGUGCCUGCGUCAUGUUUUCUUCUUCCUGGAGGCCGCCGCUUGAAAGCGGGUGAAUCUUUUUGUCCCAACCGAGCUGGAAUUUUAGAUUUGUAUUCUGGGAAGGCGGCUGUGGCCAGAAAACUUGCGCGCAAAUACAAGACAUGGGUUCUCACGGUUGAUUUUGAACAUGGCUCAGAUCAAAACCUUUUAGAUCCUGCUCUGCAAAAACUUCUGAAAGACCUGGUUGCACAGCGUUGUUUUGUGGGGGUUGGGGCUGCACCUGAAUGUUGCAGUUUCAGCCGUGCCGUGUAUCCUGCUGUCCGAACUGCCUUGGAACCUUGGGGUCUCAGCGAUAUUUCUGAGCGGAUGAAACUUAAGGUUCAGGUGGGAAACCAACAUGCUGCCUUCCUUUUGCAGAUCAUACAACUGUGCAUUGCUAUGGAUAUCCCCUACUGGGUCGAGAACCCAGACGGAUCAUUUCUGUGGUUGUUGCCUGGUUGGAGUUCAGCUGGGAUUGGGCGGCCUGAGACUUCUUUUCGAGUCGACCUGUGCCGCUACAAGACGCCCUGGAGGAAAAGAACACGCAUUGCCACGAACACUAGCUUAGCUGGUCAACGUCAGCUGUGUCUGGGUGGUCACUCACAUACAAGACUGCGAGGGAGGAACAAGGCCUUCAAGAUGUCAUGGACCCGACUUGCUCAGGUCUACCCUCAAGGUCUAGCUCAUGAUCUCGCUGCAGCACUAGCACUCUCUGCUGGAUUGACAACCCGGAAACAGAAGCUUGCGAUUGGAGGCUGUGCGAAGUGCUCUGAAGGUCGGAUUGGCGAGGCAAAGAAUCCAGGACCUCAGCAGUCCCGAAGGAUUCCUCGAGAUUCAAGACUGCUGGAAGAAGUACAACUGGUUGAACCUGUUACCCAAGCUCUUCAACAGCGGGUGUGGGUAGCCUUCCAACAGUGGCUGCAGAGUCAGUUCAGCGCUGAUACAGUUGAGCAGAUGCUUUGGUGCCCGGCCCUGCUUGCGGCCAUACUGAAGACUUAUGGAUUGCAUCUGUAUUCAACGGGACAUGCGCUCUACGAAUACCGGCAUUUACUGGUGAUCGCGCAGCAGACUCACUCUUGGUUGAAGCCUCACUUAGGUCCUGCUUGGCAGCUUUUGACGAAAUGGCAAGUUCUUCAACCAGUGCAACAUCGCCGCCCUUUGCAUUAUGUUCUCUAUCAGGCUAUGGUGGUGACAGCGCUUUGCAAGCGGUGGCUACGUUGGACUGGAACGUUAAUGCUUGGUUUUGAGGGGAUUGCAAGGAUUUCAGAGGUGCUUCGAGCCACUCGAGCUGAGUUGAUUUUGCCCUCUGAUCAGUUUAGUACCCUUUUUAGUUCUGCGUUUCUUAAGGUUUUAAACCCUAAGACUAAGAGAAGGGGAAAAGGGCGUGUUCAACACCUGAAGCUGAACGAUCGACAUGCGAUUGCGUUUCUUGAACGCACUUUUGCUGGUUUGGAUCCUGCCCUUUCCUUGUUUCCUCUUUCAGCUGCUGCCUUUCGAACGCGCUGGGAACAGAUUCUGGAUGAUUUGGCGAUGCCGAAAGAUUUGCGACCUACCCCGGCUUCUAUCAGAGGCGGUGGAGCCAUUGUGGCUUACCAGAAGGGUGAGCACAUUCAGGACAUCAUGUGGCGGAUGAGAGUUCAGAGCCAGACCACUCUUGAGCACUACUUGCAGGAAAUGGCAGCUGACUCCAUCAUGCUUGCCUUGGUGCGAAAUGUUUCCAACAUUUCCGAUGAGCCAUCGGCCGCCCCAUCCCUGUGGCGGACCUCCACUGGAAGUUCCUUUCCCUUGCCGCCUGGAGCCGAUGGUAAUCUGUGUCGCAUGGCCUUCAAAACCAUGCAGUUCCUGGGCAAUCGCACGGAGGACAAAAGCAUCAUUGAAGCUUCCCUGGUCGCCAGGAUGUCGAGCCACCGGCCGAUGUUUCAAAAACUUCUGGACCAAGGGGGCGAAGUGUUGGGGCUUCAUAUGGCUGGCUCCAAAUCUGUGGAUGUUUACUUAGGAAAGUCCGGGUCGCAGGAGUUGCUCCGCAUUCGUCUGAAAGAAUUGAGUUUAUCCUCUGAUCCCGAGCCCUUGCUGGAUGGGAUCGGUGGAUUUGAUGUGGGCCCCGUUGAAGAACGAGAUGUACCUCACGAGCUGUGGACAGAGAUGAGCCGUGCAAGGGCCUCAACUGAUGCGCCAAAGCUGGUUCGAGCUCCAUCCCAAAUCUCUGAGGAUCUUCAGAGUGCCCCUCUGGUGCUUACUGCUGUCCCCCUUGGUCGGCAUAUCUUCAAAAUUCGGUUGAAGCUGCUGGGAAAUCAGCUGGCCGCAAAUUACCUGUUGCUGGUCCCGAAGUUGAGGACUAGCAACGGCCAGGCGAGGUAUAAAUCUCACAAGGCGACUUUGCGGUGUGCUGGGAAAAUCCUCGAUGCUUCAGCAGACUACCACAGCUUUUUGCUCUUCAAUGCACGCGGUGACCAGGUUGCUGACCUGGUCCUGGAGCAUGAAUUCCUGAAUCAGCGAGUGCGAGUGCAGUCCAAAGAGGGCAAGUUCGAGGCCUCGGAAGUAGUCCCAGUUCCAGAAUUGGACGAGAUGGAAAGAGUGAGUUGCCUCUCCUGCAACAGUCGGAGCAUUCGAUCUGUACUACAACCUCUAGGGCUUGAGAGGAAGAGUGGGGAGCGUGAUAUUGCGUAUGCAAUGCGUUUAGGACGAGCAUUGCGAAAUGGCUAUGCCUAUGAUACAGCUGCCACAGAAGCCGACUUGUCAAAUUUGACCACCAGCAUCUGGGAAAAACGAAGGGGAGACUGUUCAGCCUUCAAUGCUGGUUUUGUCUUUGCACUGCGUGCUUUUGACAUUCCAGCCCGGAUCUCAUUGGGCUUCAAAUACGGUUCAGCUGUCCAAGAGGCCUGUGGUACCACUGUUGCUCCCCAUGCUCAGGCAGAGUUUUUCGCUGAUGGCAUCGGAUGGGUGCCAUGUGAUGCCACCACUGGGGUGCAUCGUUUUGGUCACGAGGCCACCCAUGUUUUGUCCUUCGUUGAGUGGAGGACUGCCAGUGCUUCCCUGCAGGAGGUCAACGACUUGCGGAAGGUCGUACAAAAGGAGUACCAUUCGCUGCGCAAACUGAUGGCGAAGCUGGAAGGUCCAUUGAAAGAAGUGGCAGAGAAGCCGGUUGUGACCAAAGAAUUUGCAAAGAUCCUAUCUCAGACCACCUCAUGCUCUGAACCAGAGGCCCUGUCCCAAAUCCAAGCGGUCUUGCAGCUAUCAAACCAAGAGAAGAAACCAUCCGCUGCACGUACUGCUGACCUGCUAGCAACCUUUGAGUUGGGGCAGUUUCGGACGUUGGGAACGGGGGAUGGUUUGACUGAAGCGGCCCGGGCAGGGCUCAAAAUGUUUGAGGGUGGCCCUUACAAAGGACAGGCGCUGCGUGCGCCGAGCCUGAAUGAGAACAUGCUCAUCCCCGAUGAAAUCAAUGCUGUCAUGGAACACGUGGGAGCGAAAUCUGACACAGACUGGUCAAAGUUAUGGCCCUAUGGAGUCUUCUCAUGCAAGUAUGAUUUUGAUCAUCAGCCGCCUUAGUGUACAGUACAGCAACCCAACCUGUGGCAUUUCUGCUGAACUGCCUUCUGACUUCGGCUUGCGAAGCCCUAGGCCCUAUUUGCAAGUGCGUCUUGAGAAGUUUGCAUUUUGUUUGGCCAGCACUUAUGUUUAGAAGUAGUGCCAUGGCCAUCCGUCUUUGCAGUGUAUGCCUGACCUGUUCACUUUUCUGCCGAUUUGUGCAGCAUC